GCGGAGGGAGGCUUUAAAACCCCGACGUCAUAACCAGGCGUCACAUCUUUGUCAGUGAACAAAAUGGCAUCGUACUGCUUGACUGUGGCCCGGCUUCAGGUCAUCCUGGGGCAUGGCGCCCGGCGCCUGCACGUGUCCGCGGCCUUCAGUGCCAAAGCGAAGGUGGCCAUGAGCCGCUUUGAGUCCAACUCCUUCGUCAACUACGAAAAAAUGCAGUCGAAUGUAAACAUUGUGCGCAAAAGGCUGAACAGACCCCUCACUCUGUCAGAGAAGAUUGUUUAUGGCCAUCUGGAUGACCCUGCAGGUCAGGAAAUAGCUAGAGGGCGUACAUACCUGCGCCUGCGGCCAGACAGAGUGGCCAUGCAGGACGCAACAGCGCAGAUGGCCAUGUUGCAGUUUAUCAGCAGUGGACUGCCCAAAGUAGCUGUGCCCUCCACCAUCCACUGCGACCAUCUUAUCGAGGCUCAAGUGGGAGGAGCCCAGGACCUGCAAAGAGCAAAGGAUGUGAAUCAGGAGGUUUAUAAUUUCCUUGCCAGUGCUGGAGCUAAAUACGGUGUUGGUUUCUGGAAACCUGGUUCUGGGAUCAUCCAUCAGAUUAUCCUGGAAAACUAUGCGUACCCUGGAGUAAUGCUGAUCGGUACAGACUCUCACACUCCUAAUGGUGGUGGAUUAGGCAGCAUCUGCAUUGGAGUCGGUGGAGCUGAUGCAGUUGAUGUUAUGGCAGGAAUUCCCUGGGAGCUUAAGUGUCCCAAGGUCAUUGGGGUGAAGUUGACAGGCACUCUGUCAGGUUGGACUUCACCAAAAGAUGUGAUCCUGAAAGUGGCUGGAAUCCUGACUGUAAAAGGUGGAACUGGUGCCAUUGUGGAGUACCAUGGUCCUGGCGUGGACUCCAUUUCUUGCACUGGAAUGGCUACUAUCUGUAAUAUGGGGGCUGAGAUUGGAGCCACUACCUCAGUUUUCCCUUAUAAUCACAGAAUGAGAACCUACUUAAACAAAACAGGCCGUGAAGAUAUUGCUGCUUUGGCUGAUGAGUACCAGGACCUCCUGGUCCCUGACCCUGGCUGUGAAUAUGACCAGCUGAUUGAGCUCAACCUAAGUGAGCUGAAACCACACAUAAACGGUCCCUUUACUCCUGACCUGGCUCACCCAGUCUCAGAUAUUGGAGCUGUUGCAGAGAAAAAUGGCUGGCCCCUGGAUGUUAAAGUUGGUCUGAUUGGAAGUUGCACCAACUCAAGUUACGAAGACAUGGGUAGAGCUGCCUCUCUGGCCAAGCAGGCUCUGGACAAAGGACUCGCCUGCAAGUCCAUAUUCACAGUCUCUCCAGGCUCUGAACAGAUUCGUGCCACCAUUGAAAGGGACGGCUAUGCAAAGAUUUUGAGAGAUGUUGGAGGUGUCGUCAUGGCUAAUGCCUGUGGACCAUGCAUUGGUCAAUGGGAUAGACGAGAUGUUAAGAAAGGGGAGAAGAACACAAUUGUGACCUCCUUUAACAGAAACUUCACAGCAAGAAAUGAUGCCAACCCUGCCACCCACGCAUUUGUCACUUCUCCAGAGAUUGUCACAGCUCUUGCUAUUGCUGGCACCCUUAAAUUCAACCCUGAGACAGACUUCCUCACAGCUCCUAAUGGAGAAAAAUUCAAACUGGAGCCCCCAACAGGAGAUGAGUUGCCCGCCCGAGACUUUGACCCAGGCCAGGACACGUAUCAGCACCCCCCAUCUGACGGCUCUGGCCUGCGUGUGGAUGUUAACCCACAGAGCAACCGACUGCAGCUUCUGGAGCCCUUCGACAAAUGGCAAGGUGGAGACCUGGAUAACCUACAAGUUCUCAUAAAGGUGAAGGGUAAGUGCACCACAGACCAUAUCAGUGCUGCUGGACCUUGGCUGAAAUUCCGUGGUCAUCUGGACAACAUCUCCAACAAUCUGCUCAUUGGAGCCGUUAACAUUGAGAACGAGGCUGUCAAUAAAAUUCGUAACCAGCUGACUGGAGAGUACGGCGCUGUGCCUGAUGUAGCCCGUCAUUACAAGAGUAAAGGCAUUUCAUGGGUUGUGGUUGGAGAUGAGAACUACGGUGAGGGCUCUAGCAGAGAACAUGCUGCUCUGGAACCCAGGCAUUUAGGUGGCAGGGCCAUCAUUGUGAAGAGCUUUGCCAGAAUCCAUGAAACAAACUUGAAAAAGCAAGGACUGCUUCCUCUCACAUUUGCCAACCCUGCCGAUUAUGACAAAAUCCGCCCAGAUGACAAAAUCUCAAUUACAGGCCUCAAGACUUUUACUCCUGGAAAGCCUCUGCAGGCCAUCAUCAAGCACAUUGAUGGCAGCAAGGAGACCAUCGAGUUGAAUCACACUUUCAACGAGACUCAGAUCGAGUGGUUUCAGGCUGGCUCUGCCCUGAACAGGAUGAAGCAACUGCAGCAUUAAAGAGAGACUGAUUGUGAAGGAGGAGCUCCGCAUGCACAUUGGAGUGGGAGGGAUCAGAUAACAAGCUGAGGGAUCAUAUUUUUAAAAUUGAUGAUCCUCUCUGGUUGACUUUACUGUAUGUUCCCAGUAACAGAUAAAAACUAUAAGGUUUUAAGACAGAUUAAGCAUAGUCUAGCACUAAAAAGUAAUUGACAAAUUUAAAAGACUGCCUUGAAUUAAGCUUAAUCUAUUUCUGGGAAACCAGCUCUGAGUGUUACCUAAAGAUAUAUACAAAUACAUAAACAGGCACAAGGGCACAUGCAGAGGGUAAAUGUGGGUGAAGGGCAUGGCAUUGUACUCACAUGGAUUGACAUGGUUGUUUUCAAGUGAAUUGAGUGUCUUUUUGUAUUUUACACAUUUGAAAAAAAAAUUUAUUUUGAAACUCCAAGACAUCAAAACUCUGUAUCAAGGAUGAUCACUUUGUUCCACUGAGGAACACUGCCAUUCUCUUUGGUCCCUCAUUGCCCUAAUAUGUAAUCAGAUGUUCUCCCAAGGGCAGAUGCUUAUCAGUACCCUCCCUUUUUUACGCUAGUCACAUAAAUCAGUAUUGCAAUGAAAACUGCUUGUGAAUAGUGUUCUGUAAUCAGCCGUGCUCAUUGGCGUUUCACACACUCUCGUUUGCCAGUCCACACCUUCUCGACUGUCAAGGUUGGGCAAGUGAUCUGCUGUAACCACAUGAUUAAUGUUUAUGACUCCGAGUACAUAGUUGUAUUAACAUGGAGAGGGGUUUGGCUGGCUCUGCUGUCUCACCAGUUCAGCAGCACAGAGCAAGUUCAUGCAACACAACGCUUCAUAUGACAAAUCUCUUCAAUAUUUUAAAAAUGCUUAUUUAUUAAUAGAAUCAAUGAAAAAGCAAAUUCUGUAUCUAUCAAAAUAUUUAAUGUUCAUAACUGUUGAUUAAAGCUCCAAAGGUAGACAUCUUGACCUGGCAUCAUUUUUCAUUCUGUAACUUUUGUGAAGCUGUGUGUUUGCUUAUUUGUGGAAGUAUAGGACAUGCCGUUCCCAUCACUAUACUGGUAAAUGCUAACCUUGUGACUGACACUAUUUUACUUCAAUCUAAGUCUGCUCUAUUAAAUGGAUCAAGUUGUACUGUU